AGGAAAGAGCCGCAGCGAAUUUUACUUCAGUCGCCAUGUUUACGACAAACUUGGCGUUGUGGUGUGCGACGUACGCCACUCAACGCCUAUUGGCUCGGUUUGAAUUCUCACAGAGAGCUCCCAGACCCUUUAUCUGUGUAGAAUUAAACAGAGGAGGAGUCUGGCAGGCCAGGAUAGGAGAACAAGUGAGAAGCUAAACAACUGUGGCUAGUGAGGUGCAAACAGCAAAUACACCCAUCAACUAAAAUUUAACCACAUUCAAAUAGUCACGUGAGGAAUAUCACUUUAUUUAGCAUUUUUCUUUAAAUAAAGUAAAUAGGGCAUUAAUUAGAAGUGUUUUACAUUCUGAUAGACAUUUAACUUUUUUCUGAAAAGGAUCAAUUAAUGACACUGAUUUGGGCUACAGCUUUAUUUUACACGGCUAACAAUAAUGAAUGUGUGACUGAAGUUUUUGAGCCUCCUGUGAAAAGGACUGUAAGUGUGUGCUUUCAUACAGACAUAGAGACUAAAACAGCCACGUAAGCUGCUGACGUCCUCUCUGUGUCAGUGGUCAAAGGUUUCACUUGACUGAAAAUCGAUGAGGCGGCUGAAGGACGUCCAUCUCAGAAUAAACACAAACUAAUUCUGUCAGCAGGCAAAGAAAAGGUGUCACACACAAAACACAGUUUUUAAGACAAUUUAAAACAUAAUUGAAUGAUUUUUGUCUAUGAAAGGUAACUAAGUUGUACAUAAAAUAGUCAUAUAUUUAAGACUGAAACGCAAGAUGUCAGCGUUCCGGCUGGCUUGGAUCAUGUUAUGUUUUUAUAGGAUGGAAUUGUGGUAAAAUACAUCAUGGAACAAGGAAACCUAAAUGUGUCUAUAGAACUUGUAAAAAAAAAAAGGUACAAAUCUGUACUAUUUUUAAUUAUAACUGAAAGAGUAAUGUCAGGGCGCCCAUGUGAUGAUGUGGCAUAGUUGCUUAUACCGUCUAAAAGCUUUACCCAACACAAAUUAAAAUGUUUUUGUAACGAGCUGACUGGCGGAUCCGUAAAAACACCCAACACAGAAUGACAGUUAAACAAGUUUAUUUAAAGGAGAGAGGCAAAGGUAAUGUCAGGAGGCAGGAGGUCGUUACCGGGAGAUCUGAAACAGAGAAUAGUCCACAAGGGAGAUCCAGGAAGCGAAGUCGGGGACGGAGCAGAGUCGGAGCCAGAGGGUCAGAACGGCAGCGGUGCAGAUAAGGUAAAUCCAAGAAUCAGGUUCGGAGACGGAGCAGAGUCGGGGAUCAGGAGGCAAGUGCGGAUGAGCGCUUUGAUGCUACGUUUCACACCAACGUCCUGGUGAACGCAUCAGGCUACUGUCAGUACAUCCCCCCGGGCAUCCUGAAGAGCACCUGUUACAUAGACGUUCGCUGGUUCCCUUUCGACGUGCAGAAAUGUGACCUGAAGUUUGGCUCGUGGACUCACAAUGGCUGGCUUUUGGACCUCCAGAUGCUCGAUGUGGACACAUCCACCUACAUAUCAAAUGGAGAGUGGGAUCUUGUUGGUGUACCAGCCAAACGUAAUGAGCUGUAUUACGAGUGCUGUAAAGAGCCCUAUCCUGAUGUAACCUUCACAGUCACUAUGCGCCGCAGGACUUUAUAUUAUGGUCUAAAUCUGCUCAUUCCCUGUGUGCUGAUCUCCGGAUUGGCCCUGCUGGUCUUCCUUCUACCUGCGGACUCUGGAGAGAAGAUCUCUCUGGGCAUCACUGUGUUGCUGUCGCUAACCGUCUUCAUGCUUCUGGUGGCAGAGAUCAUGCCGGCCACAUCAGACUCCGUGCCUCUUAUUGCUCAGUACUUUGCAAGCACCAUGAUGAUUGUGGGAAUGUCAGUGGUGGUGACCGUCAUUGUCCUGCAGUUUCACCAUCAUGACCCUCACGGGGGUAAGAUGCCCAAGUGGGUUCGUGUGGUUCUAUUGAACUGGUGUGCCUGGUUUCUCCGUAUGAAACAACCAAGUGAUGAGCGUAAAAGGCCUAGACACAAGCACCGUCACCCCUUCCAGCAUCACUCCAGGACCAGCUCCAUAGAGAUGGGCACCAUGCCAAGCCUCACUGUGCCUCUGUCACAGACGUCAUGCCCAACAGGCAACUCCAAUGGUUCCAUGAAUCUCUACUUUGGCAGCUAUCACCCUAUUGACAGCCCACACUGCCCCCCCUCUAGCGACUCUGGGGUCGCACUGGGUGGGCGUGCCCAUGGCUCACUCAGCGAUGACACUGAACCACCUGGAGGACUUACUAGUGGUGUUGGAGAUAUGGGAAUGGGAGUGAUCAUCCCUCCACCGGAGAUCCAGAGUAUUUUGGAGGAGGUGUCAUACAUAGCCCAGAGGUUCCGGGACCAGGAUGAAGCUGAGGCCAUCUGCAGUGAGUGGAAAUUUGCGGCAGCCGUGGUGGACCGUCUGUGUUUAGUGGCCUUCUCGCUCUUCUCAAUCAUUUGCACUUUCACCAUUCUGAUGUCAGCUCCCAACUUCAUAGAGGCUGUUUCAAAGGAUUUCACAUAACUGACUGAAGCUGGAAAGAAGUAGGUGUAAAUAAUCAGAGAUUAAAACAAACUGAAAUGAGAGGACUGAAGAGGGAUGUCCUCAACUAACCAUCGGAUCACAGGUGGGCCGGUAGUGUUUUUCAGAAACUUUGUGUUGAUAAACUGUUCUGUCAACCAGCUUUAAAUGAGGUCAGCAGCUUGAUAUGUUGAGAAACAUUUAACGUCUUACUUGUAAUCUAAUUUGUAAAAUGUUUUAAAGGUUUGUGUGAUUCAGAAUUAAUUUUUUGUUCAAUCAAUUAACUUUAUUUAUAAAGCACUAUCCACAACUGCCAAGGUUGUCCAAAAUGCUGGGAAUGACAUAAACAUUUAAGUCACAAUAAAAUACUAAUAAUAGUAAAAAUACAUUUAAUUUAUAGGUGGCCUUACAAGAAGGUGACCUUACAAGAAACGUGAUGAAACUUUACAGAUAAAACAACGAUGAGACCAGCCAUGCUCAAAAUAUGGUCUGCAGCAGCAUUUUGGAGGAGUUGAAGUCAAUAAAGGGAUUUGAGGGGGACACCAAAGGGGAGAAAAUAGCAAUAAUCAGUCCCAGAGGUGACAAGGGUGUGUGCAAAGAUGGCUGUAGCAUGGGGAGUGGGAGGGGCAGAGUCGAUUGAUGUUGCUUAAGUGAUGACAGGCAGAGCAAAUGGUGGUGUUGAUGUGGGCUUGGAAGGGCAGAGUGCUGUCAAGGAUGACACCCAGACACUACAUGGGGGGAUGGAAGGAUACAGGAAUCAUCGAUGUUAAUAUAUAAGCUGGAAGAUUUGUUUAGAGUGAAGGGUUUCCCUACAAAGAGGGGCAGCUUGCAAGGGAGACUACAGGAAAGAUUGCAUUAGGUUCAGAGGAGAUAUAGUCCUGGGUGUCAUCUGCGUAGCAGUGGAAGUUGAUCUUGUGUUUGCAAAAGAUAUGGCCAAGCGGUAGCGUGUGGAUGAUUAAUAAAAGGGGUCCCACUACAGAGUCCUGAGGAACACCAGCAGAGUCAGGAAAGGGAUGGGAAGAAAAGGACUUUGAUUGAACAAACUGGAAUUUGUUUAGAAGGGUUGAAUGAGAAAUAGUGUCAAAGACUUCACUAAGAUCAAGGAGGAUGAAAAAAACAGUAAAAGAAAAAUAAAGUUAAACCAGCAUUAAGUUGUAGACAUAAAAACAAUACAUUCAUGGGAUAUUGCUCUCACCUUCUCAGUGGCCUAGUGGUUGAGUGUCCACCCUCUGACUGGGACAUCGUGGUUCAAAUCCAGUCUGGUCAUACCAAAGACUUUAAAAAUGUGACCCAAUGCCUCCCUGCAUGACACUCGACUUUAAGGGGUAAGUUUGGGGCAUCAAACCACCAAAUAUUUCCCGAGCACAGCCACUGCUGCAGCUUACCUCUCCCCACAGGGAUGGGUCAAAUGCAGAGAUGUAAUUUAACCGGCUUAUUAUGAUAACUAAUGGGACUUUAACUUCAUCAAGUAUUGUGCUGAAGGCUAAUGAAUAAAAAUGAGUCAUUAGUUAAUGCUUAAAUUAUUGCAAAGAUGGAGCUUAUCUGACGCCCAAAGGUAGACUGGUCCAGUGUGUAAAGCCGCUUUCACAUCAGGGCCCAGGUAUGGUACAGUGUUUGGGUAGCCUGGUUCUUUUCCAUGCUCAGUCCUCUUCCCAAGGUGGUCUGCUUCAGGCUGAACUGUCCCAAUACAUCCACUUCCAGCUGAUUGACUGGCUCAAAUGCAUGCCUACAAUUAAGGGGAGCCUUUGAUUGGCAGGUAGAAUUAGCCACCAGUGGCUUCCUGAAUGCAUACACCUGCUCUGACUGAAGCUGUCUCUGUCUCUCACUGAGAUGUGCUGUGAGGAGCACACACAUACACCGGCAGCGCUGCCGAGGUUUGAGCUGCCCCACGCAAGGCCAGACACAGCAGGCUAGAUGAAGUACCAAAGUCAGAGUCAAACACUGCUCAUGGCCACCUUUGUUUAAUUUAAGGGAGACACCACAGACUUUUCUGAGUGUCUUUUGCCCCGCCCAAGUAUGAGAUACACACACACACAUCUGACUGGCUACCUUCACACAAUCUCCUGCCGAUUUGUAGAAAAUCUGGAAUCAGAGAAUAAAGUGUUGUAAAUUACACCUGAUAAACACUUUAUUACUAGGUUAUUUAUUUGACAGCAGUUCAUGAUUAGAUCUCUCUGACAAAAACAACAAAGUAGUUUUACAAUUUUAAGGUAAAACUGUUUAGUACAUUUAGUUCUACAUGUAGUACAAUCUGUACAUAAAUCAGAGUACACAUUGAAGGAUUUAGGGAAUUAGGUUAAGAUGUUUGUACUCUGGGAUGAAGCCAAAAAUCAGUUGAUCUAUUCAGUGGAUUCUCUGACUGCUCUGCUUUAAAAACAUGAUUCUGUCUCAAAUUGGCACUGGCUAUCACAAAGUUAUAAUUCUGAAAAAAAAGACUAUUCAGCUAAUUAAAGUGUAUCUAAUUAUGAGAUUUAAAAAAACAUAAUUUCUCAAUUUUAAAACUUUUUUAUCUGGUCUUUGUCUCAUUUUCAGAUAAAUCUUUGUUUCCUAUUAUGCUUCCUAGGUUUUUCUUCAUUUGCAAACUAGGUCACAGCUUUUUUUAAAGACAAUUUUUAUUUCCAAAUGCCAUUCCAUAUUAAGAAAAGUAAUUAACUGAUAAUAUUUUUCCUUUUCAAACUAGAAAUUGCUUUACUUGUUUUCUAAAAUUCUAAUAAUCCUGCACAUUAAGCUGUAUAAUCCAACUAAAAAAACCUGUUAAAAAUAAUCAAUCUAGCCUCCAAAAUCUAGCCUCCAAAACCAGGCCAAGUUUUACUAGAAUGCUUACCUGCUGUGAAACUGCCCCCCCAGUCCAAUAAAGACUCAAAACAUUUUAGUGUCUCUAUAAUAAAAUCAUUAAUAUGUAAAUAACAUUAUAAAGUUGGAAUUUUCUUUUAUAACGUAAAACUAAUGAAAUAGCAAUAGAAAUGCAACAUUUGAUACAAAACUGAAAUAACAUUUUAAAGCCAAACAAACAGAUUCUAAAAAUAAUAAUAAUUAUCUGAACCAGGCGGAACACAGAGUAAAACCUCCUUUAAAAGACUGUUCUACAAAGACUACAAACUAAAAGUUAUGAAACACACACCAACAAGGGCAAAGGCAUUGUUACACAUUUUAGACUCUUUGUUGUGAGUCUAAUGUGUUACCCUGUGGGCAUGUGUGAUUAGUUCACAUUUUAGUGGUUGACUUGGUUGUAUAUUUACUGCAAGUUUUGCGAUGUUGCAAAGUUUUGCUGCUUUAAGACUAUAAACAUUAGACCCGUUUGUGGUGAAAAACCUGUACAUUUUAUAAAAAGAAAAAAUGUCCUUUACCUGAACAGCUGAAAGAGACUGGGAGUUGUAGAUGUGUUCACAUGCACUUCUUGUUGUAGCUUAGGUUGUUGGUCUCUUUGUCUCUGUCAUUCUGUGUGUUUUUGACUCUGUGUUAAUAAAAAGGCUAUUUAUUCUCAGUA